UGCAGCAGGGACGGGUUUAGCGGGAGCGCAGUGAUGGAGGGAGCAGUGGAGAACAUGAGGAGGGAGAAGAGGAGUAAAAAAGACCUGAAAGUUCUGAAGAGAGAGAGAAAGACCCAGCAUACACUCCUCAAACACGCAGGAAUCACCACCACCCAGCAGCCCACACAGUAUCUGGUGGUAUCUAAUGGAGGCUUGGGGAACGGCGUUAGCAGGGAGGUGCUGUUGGAGGUUCUUAAAGAAGGGGGCGCUGUAGAGUCGCUGCUCAUGCCUCCCAAUAAACCGUACUCGUACGUUACGUACGCCUCGGUGGAGGACGCUCAGAACGCCCACCGGCUGCUGAACGGACGAACUCUGAACGGUCAGGAUCAGGAAGUUACGCUGUACCUCAGCUACGUCCACCAAGUGUGCGGGGAGGUCAUUGAGGUAGCCCCGCCUCUUCCUCCCGGUCUCUCUGUGGUGGAGGACUUUGUAUCUCCGGAGGAGGAGGCGGAGCUUCUGGAGGCGGUGGACUGGACCUCGCACCCCGAGGAGCUCACAGUGCAAAAAGAACUGAAACACAGAAGAGUGAAGCAUUAUGGGUAUGAGUUUCGGUAUGACAACAACAAUGUGGACAAAGACAAACCGCUACCUGGAGGUUUACCACCACAGUGUGGCGCUGUGCUGCAGAGGUGUCUGUCUGAAGGUCACGUCGACUUCCUGCCUGAUCAGCUGACAGUGAAUCAGUACCAGAGAGGACAGGGAAUCCCGCCGCAUGUGGACACUCACUCUCCGUUUGAGGACACUAUCCUCUCUCUCAGUCUGGGGGCGAAGACCGUGAUGGAUUUCCGUCACCCUGAUGGGCGGGCGGUUGCCGUGGUGUUGCCGGGGCGGAGUCUGCUGGUGAUGAAGGGAGAGAGCCGAUACCUCUGGACCCACGGUAUAACCCCUCGGAAGUUUGAUGUAGUUCCUGCUUCAGAGGACGAGGGUUCAGGGGUCGUGACCUCUGACCUCAGUAACCUGACCCUGAGCCGCCGCGGCACCAGGACCUCAUUCACCUUCCGCAAGAUCAGACACUCGCCCUGCGACUGCGCGUACCCAUCUGUAUGCGACAGCCAGCGCCCGCCCUCCCCUCCAUCACUUCCGGUGGCCAAUAGCGAUGCGUGUCGCCUGGAGACGCAGUACGUUCACAAUGUGUACGAGGAAAUCUCCGCCCACUUCAGCAGCACGCGCCACUCCCCCUGGCCCCGGGUCCGAGACUUCCUUCUGUCACUGCAGCCUGGAGACACGCUGGCGGACAUCGGCUGUGGAAACGGAAAAUACCUCGGAAUCAACCCUCAAGUUUUAUCGGUGGGUUGUGACCGCAGUGCGAGUUUGGUGGGGAUUUGUGCUGAACGUGGAUUUCAGGCGUUUGUUUCAGACGGUCUUAACGUUCCGUUACGGAGCUCCAGUUUUGACGCCUGCAUCUCCAUCGCCGUCAUCCAUCAUUUCUCCACACAGGAGAGGAGGCUGGCGGCUGUUCGAGAGCUGGUGCGGCUGCUGAAGGUCGGAGGUCGAGCGCUGAUCUACGUCUGGGCCAAAGAGCAGGAGUUCAACAAGCAGAAAUCCAAAUACCUCAAACCCAACCAGAACCAGCGGAACCUGGACCAGGGUUCUAGAUCUGAAACGAUGGAAACGAUGCAAGGGGACGAGGAACAUCAGCCUGAGAACUGUGUCUCCAGGUCGGAAGAACGUCAAACCAGACUGAGCGUCCACACCAACCGCACGGCCUUCGCUUCUCAGGACCUGCUGGUGCCGUGGCACCUUAAAGGCGGAGCAAAAGCAGAGGCCACGCCCACCCAGGCCCGAGUGUUUCACCGCUAUUACCAUGUCUUUCAGCAGGGGGAGCUGGAGGAGCUGUGCCGUUCAGUGAGCGGAGUUACGGUUCUGGAGAGCUACCAUGAUCAGGGGAACUGGUGUGUGGUGCUGAAAAAAACACAGAAAGACUUCUAACAAAAGUGUACAAAGUAAAAACUGCUUUUAACUUAAUGAUUCACAUCAAAAAAUAAAACAUUAUUAUAAUAAAUUAUUAUUAUUAUCGUAUUCUGUCAUUGUUCUCAAGAUUUAAAGAAGUUACCAAAAAAAAAUAAAAGUUUGCCCCCUUCCUGA